GCGAGAGAGAGUGGGUGAGAGAUACCCACUGUGUGGGGGAGUGUCGGCUGUCACCCGUCUCGGGUGCACGCGCGCAGCGUCGGACUCUCGCUGAAGUUUGUCCACGGAAUUAACGGCAGCAGCACGAGCGCGUUAAGCUGCGAGCGGAUUGCCCAUCGUCUCACAGGGAACAUGAAGUCGCCCUCCACCACCGAAAAUUGGAACGGGGCUCCAGAGCGCAUGCGCGUCUCCGGCGUACGGAACGAGUCCUCCUCGAUGCAAACCGACAAACUCCGCUCUCUUGCUCGUGAUAUUUCUGAACUUGGCCAGCAGGGCACUGCUGACACCGGGCACGACGCCAAUGACAUUGCCGAGGAUACGGAGGAGCCAGGUCCUGGGCCAGGAGGAGGGCUGUAUUUUGCUGAUGGCCAGAGAAGGGUGGACUAUGUUCUUGUCCAUCACGGCAAAAGACGACAUACGCAACAUCGCCUCUCUGUCGUUUCUAAUGGUAAUGUGCCGUCUCAAAGCCCCACCCCUUCACGCAGGAGUACAAAGGGCGAUAUUACGGAGGCAGUGCUGGAGGCGGGGCUAGCGACGGAACCUGAUGAUGGACUGAAAGAUAAAAUCAGGGAGGAAUUCGAGAGAGGACUUCAAGAAGAAGGCUUGGAGAUCGAACGCGACAAAGAGUUGAGGACUGUCAGGUUCACUCGUCUACACGUUCCCUGGUCUGUUCUCAGUCGUGAAGCUGAACUUCUAAAGAUCAGAGUCCCCACUAAAAAGACGUAUCAGCUGAAAGAAAAGACGGGGAUAGUGGGCGUAAUAAGCUCGUUUUGGGCCAAGAUCAAUCAGCCAUUCCAGCCGGGCAUCGCGGAGCCCCCAAACCCACGCGUACGUGUCCUAUCGCAGCCGUUCAGCAGAGACAAGUUACACCUAUUUGAUAUCAAGUCAAAGAGCAGCUUGUUCAGCAAUGCAAUAAGAGGCCGAAUUGUUUAUGAAAUUCUGAGGCGCACAGCUUGUUCACAGUCCUGUCAAACUAUGGGCAUUUCUUCAUUGUUAGCUAAAGGGGUCUAUGAUGCUGCCUUCCCUCUGCAUGAUGGUGACUUUGACAGCUCAGAAGAUAAAGAACAAUGUAAUGACAGACAGGUGUUACAUGAUGAAUGGGCCAAUUAUGGAGUUUUCUUCAAAUACCAACCAAUGGACCUCAUCAGAAAGUACUUUGGGGAAAAGAUUGGCUUGUAUUUCGCCUGGUUGGGUGUUUACACUCAGCUGUUGAUUCCAGCGUCGGCUUUAGGAGUCGCAGUAUUUCUGUAUGGAUGCUUCACCGUAGACACCAAUGUGCCCAGUCAAGAGAUGUGUGAUGAGCGUCUUAAUUUCACCAUGUGUCCGCUGUGUGAUCGUGUGUGUGAUUACUGGCAGCUCAGCAGUAUCUGCAGUACGGCGCGUGUCAGCUAUCUGUUUGACAAUCACGCUACUGUCGCCUUUGCCAUUUUUAUGUCCCUCUGGGCGGCGGUGUUUCUAGAACAUUGGAAGCGGAGACAGCGUUGUUUACAACACAGCUGGAAUCUGACAGGCAUGGAAGACGAAGAGAAUGAGCUUCGGCCAGCAUAUGAAGACUUUCUCCUUAAGAAACAACAAAAGAAGGCCAAGAAAAAGAAGAAAGAUGAGCCGGAUACGGGAACAGAUGACAAAGGAAGAGAGAAGCUCCUGUCUGCUAAAGGAGGGCAGUCGCCGUUUGCCUCAGAGUCUCUAUCAUGGACGGACCGCUUGCCUGGGUUCUGCAUGAACAUAUCCUCCAUCCUUCUUAUGGUUGGGGUCACGUUCUCUGCCGUCUCUGGAGUGAUUCUGUACCGAAUCAUUGUUUUCGCUGUCAUGUCAAUGAACCCUGACCACGAGGCAAAGGCAAAUGUGCGAGUAACCGUGACGACAACAGCUGUCAUCAUCAACUUGCUGGUGGUUUUGGUGUUGGAUGAGAUCUAUGGAGCCAUAGCAGCCUGGAUUACAGAGCUCGAGAUUCCAAAGACUGAAUCAACAUUUGAGGAGCAUGUGAUCUUAAAAGCUUUUUUGCUGAAGAGCAUGAAUGCAUUUGCUCCUGUCUUCUAUGUGGCGUUCUUUAAGGGCAGGUUUGCCGGUCGUCCGGGUGACUAUGUGUAUGUCUUUAAGUAUUUCCGCAUGGAGGAGUGUUCUCCAGGUGGCUGUCUUAUUGAAGUGUGUAUUCAGCUGGGCAUCAUUAUGCUGGGGAAGCAGCUUAUUCAGAAUAAUGUGUUCGAAAUUGCCAUUCCGAAGCUGAAGAAGAUGUAUCGCGUUUAUAAGGAAGAAAAAGAGGGAGCGGCAGAUGAGGAGGACAAAGAUUCCAAGCGAGAACCUCAGCGCUGGGAUUUGGAUUAUGAACUGGAGCCCUACGAGGGGUUGAGCCCAGAGUACAUGGAGAUGGUUAUUCAGUAUGGAUUUGUCACGCUCUUUGUGGCUUCCUUCCCGCUGGCACCGGUCUUCGCUCUGCUUAAUAACGUCAUUGAAAUCCGUCUUGAUGCGGCAAAAUUUGUCACGGAAAUACGCCGACCUGACGCUGUCAGUGCGAAAGAGAUUGGCAUAUGGUACAACAUCUUGAGUGGAAUCAGCAAGUUUGCAGUCAUUACAAAUGCGUUUGUGAUCUCCUUUACAUCAGAGUUUAUCCCACGGAUGGUGUAUCAAUAUUUGUAUAGCGAGACAGGCACCAUGCAUGGUUUUACCAACCACACACUGGCUUAUUUCAACACAAGCAACUUUAAACCUGGAACCGCCACGCAUGACACAGACUUUGACCGACAACUCCGUAUUUGCAGGUACAAAGACUAUCGAGAUCCUCCUUGGUCUCCGGAGUCUUACCAGCUCUCUAAGCAAUACUGGUCUGUUCUUGCUGCACGGCUGGCAUUUGUCAUUUUUUUCCAGAACCUGGCCAUGUUCCUCAGUAUGCUGGUGGCAUGGUUGAUCCCAGACGUGCCUCGCUCUCUGAAGGAGCAGCUGAAGAAGGAGAACGCGCUUCUGUUAGAACUUCUGCUCACCGAGGAGAUGGACAAGGAGUCACACUCAUCGUCGACUACCAACAUUGAUAAAGUUGUCCAAAGUUUGGACGAGGAGCCACCAGAUGAGCCACCUGUCUGCAGGGGAGUACUGCUAAGCCAAUCAGAUGAAGAACUAAAAGAACUUCAGGAAGUGAAAGAGCCAGAGGAACAACCCUCAGAGACACCUAUAGCGUCCCCCAGUGAUCUGCAUGACGAUAACUCUCCAUCUUGUUCCCGUGAGGCUCUCAACACAACUGCACAGUCCCUGUCUGAAAUACCCUGUCAAGUUGAAUCAGAAUGUUUAAGCCAUUCUGUCCAUUCGGUCAAAACAGCCUCGCUAUCCCGGUACCAAGAGUUCCACUUAAACGGAAGUCCAUCUGGAGACCCAAGUUCCAAAGCUAAGAGCCGUUGUCGAACCCUUCCCUCAAGGCACAAAGUCUCCAAGGAGGGUGCAACCAGACCCAGCCACUCCUCCACAUACACGCACUUCGAACAAAAGGUUCCUCCAUCUCCUAGUGAGUUUGCACGGAACGCCCCCAAAGCACUGACCAAAACCGUGCCCUCUGGAAGCCAAACGUCCUUGCCGACACAUCUCCAAUCCCAACCCGAUUCCACAGGAAUAGAAUUGCCAUCCCCAUCAAAACCAGAGCUCACAAUGACAGCCCUUCCUCGUCCAUCAUCCAGACCGGAGCUUGCAGACGGCCUUUUAACAGUCUUGCCACGUCCACCUUCUAAACCAGAGCUUGCGGGCAGCCAGUCAACAGGAUUACCACGGCCUCCCUCCAAACCGGAGCUGAUGGGGAUCGCAAUGAAAGGCCUUCUACCCUGUGAUCCAGGCUCCAAACCUAAGGGGCGUUGUCAGACUCUUCCUCCGAAAUACAGAGAGACUGCCGCGGAGACGUCAGCAAGACCUAGCCACUCCACCACCUUCACGCACCUGAAUGAACAGAUUCCCCCUUCACCCAGUGAGCUCAAACGUAACCCCCGUGUAUGAAUGUGGGAAACGUGGACAAACGCUCCACCUCUUUAGCACCUUGCAUACAAAUCUCUCAGUGCCAGGCAACCCAUGCCAUCAGCAACACAUCUCUGAUUCAUCAAUUUCUCAUUGAUGACUAAAUGAGCGUCAUCAGUGAUUCUGGAGGAUUGUUGAUGGCUCGGUGGAGGUUCUCGUGAACCCUGACUGGGAAACCUCCUUGCAUGAAAUGAUUAAUACUUUACAGCUUGUGCAUUCUGGGUAUUGCGGUAUUCUUUUGAAGCCACCUGAUGUGACUCUUAAACGUUGUCUUAUACUGUGACUUGCCAUUCUGUAUUUCAACACACAAAAACCUGUACAGACACGCACACACACAUCAAAUCUCAUUAACCUAACCUCUUGAACCAGAACAGCUGAGAUGAGAGAGGCUUGGGAAUGUGGGCCAAAGGGCUUUUCAGUCCAUACAGAUUUGUUAUUCAGCAAGUGGAACCUUCGUUUUGUGGGUUGUUGUUCUCUCGUUGGUUUUAAAUGUGAACACCAUAGUCCACCUUCAAAAUGAGCCAAGUUGUUUGUGAAAUCGUCUGUUUGUCUUCGGUGUCAUUCGCAUUGGCAAGUUAGCAUGUAACUUGCUGCUUAGCAAGCUCAUUACAUAUAAAAUGUGAUGUUUAAGUGGAUUCAUAAGACAUGCAAAGCCAAUUACUUACCAAUAAGUGAAUAUUAGUUGCUUAUGAUUCUAAUGGCCAUACUGUAGUAUUUUACACAAUGUACAUUUAACAAUAUGCUAGCACAGCUUAAAUUCAUAGAAAGCAUGUUAUAUUCACUCACUGUGAAUAUGUUUUCAGGGAAGAUAUAGACCCAGAUGGAAACAAAAAAGCCACAAUCCGUACUAAUGGAUGAUAAAAUGAAUACAGACUAGGCUUGUGCACAUUGCAAAGAUUUAGCAAUGACAACCACAUUUAUCUUUGGGAUUUGUACAGACUUAUACCUUAAUAAGUGCAAGAUGAGUCAUCCACAUCUUUGGUCCUUUUCUGGACAUAAAAGGCUGAAAUUAAAUAUGAUUAUAUUUGCAAUAACUUUUAUGAACACACUACAUUUGAAGACCACAUUAACUAAAAGCCUCAAAUAUCGUCUUCAUGGGGUCUUUAUGCACUGAGUAAGAGCCAAUGUUAAGUGCAGUGUGCACGUGGCCACCGUGUAUUCAAUUUUCCGUUUGCGUCAGGUGUGUAUGAUAAGCACUGUGCUACAAACCAGCUUUCACGUAGAACAUUCAUGUCUAUGUUAUUUCAAGAGGUAUUGAGAAACUUUGACAAUAUUUUGAUAAUAAAACCGUGAUAUUCAUAAUAAAAAAGGAAAGGAAGAAGUCUCUGUUACCUGUGACUUGAUUUCUGAUGACUGCCACUAGAUGGAGACAGAAAACCCACACCUGAGACGGGACUGGUUAGACAGCCAUCAGAAGAAACUGCUAUGAGUCUGGUCACUAGUGUGUGUGCUGGUGGAGUGAGGGAGUCAUAUACCUUUACUUAGUAAAGAUAACUGCUGUGUUUUAUUGCAGCAUUUAGGUGUUAGUCUUGCGUAACAAAAAUGUGACAAGGAUUAAUUACCAGAAUUUUAAAACAGUCCACCAGGAUUUUCCCCAAUGUAUCAAAAGAGGUCCUGGUGGAACUGAGGUGUUUUUAUUUUGAGGUUUUUAUUUCAUUAUGUUUCUACAGCAUAUUGCGUGUUAUCAUUCAAAACCAUACCAGAGUUGUUUUUGACUUCAUUGCUAUUAAAAGAAUAGUUCACCUUCAAAAUAUAAACUAUGUCAUCAU